UAAACUGAGUGAAUUCGUAUACAUGAAACAAACUAGCUAUCCUAUCAGCAUAUCACGGUAUUCUCUCUAACUGUUCGGAUAAAAACAUAAGAUUAGAAAAUACCAGCAUUUUGUGUGUGGUAUUACUGUGUGAAGUUGCAUUUAAGCAUGCAUUCGGGGAACAUUUGGAGUAUUAAAUAGAAAUUGUGAGAAUUCUGAAUAUAGAAGAAAAAUAUUCAGUUUGUGGAAUCACAUAACAGAGCUGCCAAAAAACAUAAACUGUUAUAAAAUACACCAUCCCAACUUGGAAUAACACAAAGAAAACUGACAAGAAAAAAGGACUUGACUAGUUUUUCUUCUGUGACUUUAUUAUUAUCAUGGAAGCGGAACAGCAGCACGCCUGGCUCCGGGCAGAGCCCCCAAGAAACGCAUACGAGUCCGUGGGGAUGCUACCCUCAGAAGAUGUAGGGGACAUGUUCCCCCCGCAUUUUUUAGAAUCCAAUGCAGGAAUGAACGGUUACUAUAAUCAAGCUGCUCGCGCAAUGCACAACUACAGAUCAAGUCAUGUUCCUGGUAGCAACUGCAGGCCGUAUUUCCCAACAGCACUUCACCCAUUUGUCGCGGCAGAAAAGCCCAUUCACGCCCAUUCUGGAUGGGCAGGCAUGAGCCCAUACAACAGCAAGCACCAGAGUCCCACGGCACCCCUCUCAGUACACCCCCCUACCUCCAGUUCAUUUAAUUUCCCUCCCACUCCUCCAAAAGAUGGAUCCACACCCGAGACUACAGCCUCAACAGAAUACACCCCAGACAGCAAACCCCCCAAACCCUCGGAAUCAUUGGAGAAUGGCAUCUCCCCCUUCAUCCCAAGUACUCAUUCGACACCUCACCCCAUUCCCACGUAUCCGUCAUAUAGUUCCGAGUAUCCAAGCUUUCACCCUGCAGCAGCAAGUGUAUUCAAAGCAUCAGCAUUAUCACGACCCAGGACCAAGGCGAGGUCAAGUGCAGGAUUGGGAGGGCGACAUGACGAGCUGUUAUCCAUGGCAUUCCCCGGAAGUGCAAGGCAAAAUACGCAAGAGGGCAGAGAAUGCGUCAACUGUGGGGCCACGUCAACGCCCUUAUGGCGACGGGACGGGACUGGUCAUUAUUUGUGUAAUGCCUGUGGACUGUACCAUAAAAUGAACGGACAAAAUAGACCCUUGAUCAAACCUAAGCGGCGACUGUCUGCUGCCAGAAGAGCGGGCACAAGCUGUGCUAACUGCGGCACCAACACCACAACUUUGUGGCGACGAAAUGGAAAUGGCGACCCCGUCUGUAACGCAUGUGGUCUCUACUACAAACUCCAUAAUGUCAAUCGCCCUCUUACAAUGAAAAAAGACGGAAUUCAAACCCGAAAUAGGAAAAUGUCAACUAAAAGCAAGAAGAACAAGAAAGGAAUGAUUAUGUCCGAUUUACUGAAGCCAAGCUUGGAUAAAACCUUCGGAGGUUUUCCACCAAAUCUUAAUGCCAUGCACGCACCAAUGCCGACCUACAUGGGUGGCGGAUCUUCUAUUGGCGGAGGGUACUUUGCCCAUGGAUCAUCGCACAUGCAGGGCUCCUCGGGCCUUGGCCACUCGGGAUUCUCCAGCGCAUACAAUAACUUCCCAUCAUCCAUGUCAUCAUCAUUCUCCAGUAUAUCCAGUAACUACAAUUCGGGACUUCCUUCCGGUCUGAAUCUCUCCACAACAACUGCAGGUGGAUUCCCUUCCGGUCUUAACCUUUCUGCCGGUUCAAAUAUGAUCGGAGCCAUGGCAUAGUCAUUCUCUACCAUCUGUCUUGAAUAUUUUUAUUCCGUAGUCAACUUAAUGUUUGUUACAGAACAAUGAAAAUUGACGAGAUAAGAAUUAAUGAAAUGACAUGUGCACUGGAAAGGGCUGAACAAGACGUGCUAAGAUUUUUGCUGGUUAUGUGACGUUUUGUGUGCUAUUUAUAGACUAACAAGUUCAAUGUGCCGGCAAGAAGAGUAUCCAAAGCUUCCUGGAGUUGUAUGGACGAGUCAGAGCGACAAUUGCCAGACAAAUAAGCCAGUCCUACGCAUGCGCGAUUAGCGACUUAGAAAUAAAGAAACAGACAGCAAAGGUGAAAUUGAUGCGUGUGAACGUCCCAUUUGCAGAAAGAAACUCGUUUGUCACGAAAAAACCAUAUUCCUAAUAGGGAUAUAUUUAUAAGUCACGGGCAGCCGCGACGCUAAAAUGGGACAUUUGAAGUUUCAAAUUUCACAAGUCUAUUCAUCGAUAACUAUCGGUGUGAAAUAAAACCGAAAGCCAAGAAGCAACAUGACAGAAAAGCGGUGGCUUGGAGGAACUGUUUUGGGUAAAUCUAUCCACCUGCGGGUCGUUCAGAAUGCAGGGGUCCGACUCGCAGAACGCACUCCUCCACUUUGACAUUUAUAUAUGUGUGCUUGUGGACUUGUUUUUUAUUUAAAACGAAACACCCUAUUGUCAAUGAUGGUGAGAAAACGGACGUUUUUCUGUCCUCGUUGUAACUUGAGUCGGUGCUUUACUAACACUGGGUGCUCCCCUUGUGACUAGAUAUAUUCGGAUAUUUUACUAGAAUUAUCCAGACAUUUAUUAAAGAGGGGAUGCUAAUUAGCCAAAGGUGUGCUUUUUAUGAUUUAGUGAUUGUUUAUUAACAAAUUUAUGUCCAUCCUUCAAAUAUGACUUGGAAUCUCAUUUUUGAUUUUCAUGAAACGCAGCAUACUUUUCUUGUUGUUUGCUCAAUAUGAUUUAUAAUAUUUUAUUUGACUUCAACAUCUUCUGUUCUCAUUGGAGAUAAUAGCAUGAAAGUACAGUAUGUGUAAAUACUUAAUUUAUUUGUUCUUCUGUAAAUGAGGUAUUUAAUUACUCUGUCUUUUAUCCAUGACAUAGAAAUGUUGCGUUUCUAGUCCUAAGUGUACAAAGAAAAAAUACAUGUGUGCGUACAAAAUAAUCAAAAAUUAGGAGUGAUUUUUGCAAAAAGCAAAAAUCCCUCUGUAUGAGCUAUUUAAAUCCCGAGUGCUAGAAUAGGAAAACAAGAGUUGUAAAUAAUUUAAUGAAUAAUAUGAUAGAUAUUAUCAUCUGAUGUAAGUGGUUGCUUGAGUUGCUAUUGAAUAUAGCAUCUUUGAGAGUUUCUUAUGAUGUCUGUACAUGUUUUGUAAUUAAUGAAAAGUUUAUUUUGUAUCUUCCUGAUCUUGAUUUUGCUGCGAUGCAGCGUAUAACGGAUCUACAUGAAAUCCAAAUCUUUAUGUAGAAAAAAAUUGUAUAACUUAGUCGAAUGUGAGUUGCUUGUCAUGUGACUCAUGAUGUCAGCAUGGCGCGCAAUUUAAAACACAUUCCACAUUUUCAAAAAUGUGUGUUGAGAUUCAUCUAAUAUGUAUGAAUAUUUUUUUCUGACUUAGGAUGGGUAUGCUGUGUAAAACGACGUUGUAUACAUUUAAAUACAAAAACAAGAAUUCAAUAAAAUGUUGAAAUCCAAAAUAAAA